UCUUGCUCCAUUAGGGUUUAUCUCAGCUCCACUGACAAUCACCGGUCGAAGAAGACGAAGAAUCCAAAUCGUCGUCACCAUGAGUCUAAUCGCAGGUUCAUACGAGCGAUUCAUAUGGGGAUUCAAGCUCAAACCCCUUAAACAAAGCUCCGACGACAAAACAUUAACCCUAACCCCUUUGUUCUCUUACCCUUCCCACCUUUCCUCCAUCACCACCGUCGCCGCCGCCGGCCCUGCUGCAGCUUCGGGAGGGUCCGACGACACCAUUCACCUCUACGACCUCGCCACAGCCUCAUCCCUCGGCUCCCUCAACGAUCACACUGCCACCGUCACCUCCCUCUCCUUCUUCACCCCUCCCAGCAUCUCCUUCCCUCGCAACCUCAUCUCUGCCGCCUCCGAUGGCACCGUCUGCAUCUACGAUGCCGACCCUUUUGUUCUUCUUAAGACAGUUAAGGUUCACAAGAAGGGGAUCAACGACCUCUCUGUGCACCCGUCGGGGAAGUUGGCGCUGACGGUCGGGCGAGACGAGUGCCUUGGGAUGCUCAACUUGGUGAGGGCCAGGAGGAGCUUUUAUUGCCGGAUGGGCAGGGAGGCUAGCUUGGUGAGGUUUGAUUCUACUGGGGACAAGUUCUUUAUGGUUAUGGAUGACAAGAUUUCGAUUCAUGAGGCUGAGGAUGCUAAGAUUGUUUCCGAAUUGGAGAACCAGAAGCGGGUUCUCUGCGCUGCCUCCGGUGAGAAUAAUCUUCUUUUUACUGGUGGUGAGGACCGGUGUAUAGUAGCAUGGGAUACAAACAGUGGGAAGACUGCCUUCAGCAUUGAAGAUGCACAUUCUUCUCGUGUAAAAGGAAUUGUUGUGCUUACUAGGAAUGCGGGUGCUGUUGCUGAUGAUGACCCAUACUUAAUAGCUUCUGCGUCUUCGGAUGGGGUUAUACGAGUUUGGGAUGUUCGUAUGGCUGUUAAGGAGAAGCCAAAUCCAUUAGCCGAGGCCAAUACAAAUUCCAGAAUAACUUGUCUUGCUGGAUCUUCUCUUAAAUCAACGAAGCGGCUACAACUUGGAAGCAAUGUACCAAAAGGAGAAAAUGAAGAUGUUGCUACAGAAGAUAUGACAUCUUAAAAAUAGCUGACUGGAUAAUUAGUUUGAAAACUCCUUGUAAGGUCUUUAUAUGAAUCAUGGUAUGUAUUGCCAAGUAAGCCGCAGUGAGUUGAGUUUAGUCACUAAAAAAUGUUGGGUCUUGACAUCCAACAUAUCAAUUUUGUCUAUAAAUUUUGUUUGAAUUAAAAUUUAAAAUGUAUUGUUUCCUGCUAGCUCGUUGUUUGUCCAUUUGCUUCUGCAUAAUGUACGAAUCUUUAAUGAGAGUUUGGGGUUCAAAGCAUUGAGGGUGUGCUUGGCCUGUUUUUCCUUAGAAAAAAAUGAAUGAAACAACAUUUUGAGAUA